AUGCUUCUAUCCUUCGCAGUUGGCAGCCUUCUUGGUGAUGUCUUCCUUCAUAUACUACCUGCGACAUGGAAUGGCAGUGGAAGUAGCUUUGACCGCAUAGGACUGUGCACAAUGAGUGGCCUGUUAGCAUGCCUUUGCAUAGAAAAACUUUGCAGUACAACGGAGAAAAGUCAGCGCAAAAUCUGUGCUAUUAUGAACCUUGCGGCUAACUUAGUGGACAACUUUACUCAUGGCUUAGCAGUUGGUGCGAGUUUCUUGAUAUCACCUAAGUUUGGGAUGAUGACGACGUUCGCUAUUCUUGUGCACGAAAUCCCGCACGAAGUGAGCGACUUUGCAAUCCUGCUCCGAGCUGACUUCAAUCGAAUGCAAGCAGUCAAAGCUCAGCUUGUCACAGCUUCGGGAGGGAUUAUUGGUGCAGUUGUUGCUUUAUGGAUCAACAAUGAUUCCAUGCAGUCAGCCGACUGGAUUCUUGCUUUUACUGCCGGAGGAUUCAUAAAUAUCGCUCUCGCCCAAAUCCUUCCGGAGCUCAAUGAAGAAAGGGAUCGGAGGCAGAACCUCAAGCAAGUCGCUAUGAUGUUCUUGGGUCUAUUCGUUAUGAUUGCCAUCAGCAGUUUGAAAAUUAUCUGA